AUGUGGUUAUUCUCAUCGAAAAGAUUCAAACUUUUAAAAACAAUAGCUUUGCUUAUAGUCUUCAUUUAUUUAUUGUAUUUAUAUUUACCAUAUGACUGGUUGAAACGAACAAAAAUCGGGGUACAAUUUCGACAAUGGAUGGCUGGUGAUGCCGUGUUCUAUAACACUUGUCAUCGUCCGAAAUAUGAUCCGUGGAAUGAGGAAAUGUUGGAGGUUUGUUCUUGAUUUAUUUCGCUUGUAUUUAAAAAAUUUCCCUAUUUUUCAGCAUAUCGACAUGAAUUUCAAUCCAGUUUCAAAUUGCGAUAAAACCUUCAAACCUUUCACCAAACUAGAAAAUGGACAUUGGUCAAUAGUUGAUGAAAAAACAAAGUGUCGAGCAAGGUUUGAAAAUCAAAAAUCAGUAAUCCAAAAAUACAUAUAGAACCUUACUUAUAGAUGUCAAAGAUACAAGGGAGAACGCGAGAAUGAUAUUGGUGAUUGGAUGGAUAAAGCUGGACCAGUUGAUUGUGAGAUAUUGGAAACUGUUUGUUCGAAUGAGACACAUAAGGAUAUGUAUGGGUUUUUGCAUAGUCAAAUUAUUGAGACGUGAGUUAGGGAAACUGUAUCGCACGAUUUCGUCAUCAAAAACUCCAGAACUCAAUUCUCUGAUGAGUUAUGACCUGAUAGCAUAACCUUGUUCAGAAGGGCUGAUUACAUUAGCAGAACAUUUUUGCUCUUGAGAUUCUGUACAAAAUGAGCACAAAGUUAGAGAAUUUUAAGCUUUUAGGGCUGAACUAGGAUUUUCGAAACUCUUAUCUAUGUAAUCGACCCUUCUGAACAAGUUUAUGCUAUCAGAUUUACAUGAAAAUCAAAAAUCCGCUAAAAAUCAUGGUCAAACUUUCAGUUGUUCACCACAAAAUUUUCCAAAAAUUCUGGAAAAUCUAAAAAUCAUGCAUGCAAAGUCAAAAUUUCGAAAUUCUCGAAAUUUAUCGGUAUUUGUGUGUAAAUGCGGAGCGGGCCUAACAAAGUCGGAAAAAAGUCGGAUAAUUUUGCCACGUCAUAACUCAUCAGCGAGUUGCAAUUUUCGAGCGGAGCGAGUGUAAACCGCUAUCUUCCUUGUAGCGGCACGCGGAAGCUCGCAAAAAAAUCCAUGAUUUUUAUAGACCUUUGGAUCCACCGAAAAAGAACAUUUCCGGAAUGCAACAAUUCGAUGUAGUUGUUAUAUUGCUCGAUUCGUUAUCAUAUACCCAAGCAGUUCGAUCACUUCCAUCAACUCGCUCAUUCUUCAAAAGUCACAUGGAGGCUAUCGAAUUUCCAUACUUGAAUAAAGUCGGUGAAAACAGUCGUCCCAAUAGUGUUGCAUUAUGGUAUGGAAAAUCAUUGGAAAGCAUCGAUCGAAGUUUAUAUGAUGAAGAAUCGAUUGACGAAGAUUGGAAACACGAAUAUUUUUGCUAUGAAUUCAAGGAUAACGAGACGCAUUUGUUCAAAGAGUUUCAUGAGCAUGGAUAUAAAACAAUGUUAGCUGAAGAUUGGGCUGAAGGUUCGGCGAAUUGGCCGGAUUGUGUAGGAUUCAAAAACCCGCCGACUGAUCAUUAUAUGCGACCAUUUCAAUAUGCUUAUGAGAAAGUAGCUGAAAAUAUUACGAAAAAACAUUUGGAAGGUCAUUUGUGUCGAGAAUAUCACCACACAUUGUUCGAUUAUCUUGAGCAAUUUCAGAAUUCUUAUACAGAUAAUGUUCCGAAAUUCAGUUGGUUCUGGUCGGCACACAUCGGACACGAUGAUGAGAACGGAUUCUUCCGCGUAGACAGGGAACUUCAACAAUAUCUUUUCAAGAAUCGCAAAAAACUCGAGAAUUCGUUUGUUUUUAUACUUGGCGAUCAUGGACUUCGAUUUGGAGAUCAGACUGAAACAACGACGGGCAGUUUUGAGAAGAACAAUCCGUAUCUUGGAAUAUCGAUACCGAAAGAGUUGCGAGAUUCGACUGAUUUAUUGAAAAUGAUGGAGAUGAAUGCCAAAGAUUUGCAAACACAUUAUGAUACAAGAGCGACAUUUUUGGAUAUUUUGAAGGUUGGUUUUGGGAAUUUUUGAAUGAGGCUUUGGCGCUGAGGAAGAGAGAGUAUAGGAUAGUUAGAGACGCAGAGGAUUUAGUAGCUAUUGCUAAUAUUAAAUGAGAAGUUCGAGUUGGAAAUUGCUUAGAUUAGAGAGUGUGAGAUAGUUAGAGACGCAGAGGAAUCAGUAGAUAUUGCUCAUAUUAAAUUUUCCAGUUAGAGAUUGCUCAGAUUGAAGAAUAUAGGAAAAUUAGAGACGCAGAGAAUUCAGUAAAUAUCACUCAUAUAAAAUAAGAAAUUCGACUUGGAGAUUGCUCAGAGUAGAGAAAAGAGGAUAGUUAGAGACGCAGAGGAUUCAGUAGAGAUUACUCAUAUUAAAUAAGAAGUUCGAGUUGGAGAAUGCUCAGGUUAGAAAGUGUGAAAUAGUUAGAGACGCAGAGGGUUCAGUAGACAUUGCCCAGGUUAAAGUUUAUCAAAAAAUAAAGCUGUUUCUCAUCAGAAAAACUUAAUUUCCAGUAUCAAUCAAAAUCCGGAUUCCUGGAAACCGAAACCCUAGAUAUUCCUGAAGAAAAAGGUCAUUCACUCUUCCGCCAUCAACCAAAUUCGACAAGAACUUGUAGAACACUUCCAAUUCCAACCGAAUAUUGUAUUUGUCAGUUUGAUAUUGUUGAAGAGGACAGGUAAAUGAAUCAAUAAACCAAACUAUGAAAAUCAAAAAUUUUUCAGCACUUCAAGUUUGGCUGAAAAUAUUGGUAAAGCCGUUAUUGAUUCAAUAAAUUCGAAAUUGAAGCAAGGUGGAUUUGAAGAUAAAUGCACAGUAAUGGAAUUUGAAAAGGUACGUUCAGAAUUUUAGAAAAAUCAAUUGGAAUCCAAUAUUUCCAGACACUAUCUCUCAAAAAAUUCAAAAACACUUUCGAUGGUUUCUACUCGAUUAAUCUCAAAGUCAAAGGAGAAAGCGGAGCAACUUUUAAAGCAAAUGUAGAAGCGAAAAACAUGUUUAGCAUCAUUAUUCAUGGAACAAUUGAAAGAACUUCGAUUUAUGGAAGAACUGCUGAUUGUAUCAAAUCAGAAGUUCAUCGACCAUUUUGUUAUUGUCGUGAACAACCGAAAAAGGUUUCCUUUUUGUAA